GGCAGUAGCGGCAGCGGCGACGGCGUCGGCGGCAGCGCUCCAAGUCGCUCCUUUGCUCCGGGCUGCGCCGUCGAGCCGAGCCGAGCCGAGCCGCACACCCAGCCUCGCCUACGGCCGAAGGAGCAGCCGGCCGGACUUUCCGCAGCCUCCGCGGGCCCGUGCGCGUGUCCUCCCCAGCCAGGGCCAGCCACAGGCAGCCCCCCAGAGCCGAAGUCCACGAUGGGCGGCAAGCUGAGCAAGAAGAAGAAGGGCUACAACGUCAACGACGAAAAGGCCAAGGACAAAGACAAGAAGGCCGAGGGCGCUGGCACCGAAGAGGAGGGAACCCCCAAGGAGAAGGAGGCCGCAGCACCCACCACUGAGGCGCAAGAAGCCGCAGGAGACAAGGCUGACAAGGAGGCGCCUGAUGCCAAGGCCAAGGCCGAUGAGCAGGCGCCCGACAAGGGCCCUAAGGAAGAUGCCACCUCAGCUGCGGCCCCGAAGGCUGAGCCAGAGUCCUCGGAGGCCGCUCCUGAAGCCAAGGCCAAGGCCGAGCCGGGCCCCGAGGCCCCGCCUGAUGCCCAGGCCAAGGCCCCCGCGGCAGGUGGAGACGCGCCCCAGGCCGAGGCGGAGGCCAAGGCUGAGUCCGCAGGCCCCAAGGCCGAGGCCCAGGCCCCCGAGGGUGGCGAACCCACUAAGACUGAGGCCCCAGCCGCACCUGAGACGAAAAGCGACGGGGCCCCAGCUUCAGACUCUAAACCCAGUGGCACCGAGGCUGCCCCAUCGUCCAAGGAGGCCCCGUCGGAAGCCCCCAGUUCCACAGUCAAGGCCCAGGCCCCCGCAGCCCCUGCAGACGCCGCUGCCACCACCACCGAUGAGCCCCAACCCGCCGAGGCCCCUGCCGCCAAUUCGGAGCAAAGCGUAGCUGUCAAAGAGUGACAAGGACAGGAGCAGCCGCGUCUAGAGGGGGACAGGAAAGGGGCCAGCUAACAAGGCCGUCUCUCUCUCUCUCUCUCUC